CAGGGGCAGGAGCAGGGGCAGGCGGCCGGCAGCGGCCCUCCGACGCCCCGCAGCGCGCUAGGACCCGGCGGGCCCCGCUGGCGUGCGCCGGCUGAGCGGGGAGCGCGGCGCGGCCUGCCCCGGCGCCCCUUCCCUUCCCCGCGGCGGGAUGCGCUCGGAGGCGGCGCCGCAGCCGGGCGACCUGGAGAGGUUCGUCAGCGCCGGCAAGGGCCGGGGGCUGCGGGUGCGGCGGCGCUUCGCCGUGGGGGAGCUGCUCUUCAGCUGCCCGGCCUACACCGCCGUGCUGACCGUCAGCGAGCGCGGCGGCCACUGCGACGGCUGCUUCGCCAGGAAAGAAGGAUUGUCCAAGUGUGGAAGAUGUAAACAGGCCUUUUACUGCAAUGUGGAAUGUCAGAAGGAAGACUGGCCAAUGCACAAGCUAGAGUGUUCUGCCAUGUGCGCUUUUGGGCAGAACUGGAAUCCCUCUGAGACCGUGAGGCUGACGGCGAGGAUCCUUGCCAAACAGAAAAUUCACCCUGAAAGAACACAGUCAGAGAAGCUGCUUGCUGUAAAAGAAUUUGAAUCACACCUUGACAAACUAGACAAUGAAAAGAGAGAGCUGAUUGAGAACGACAUUGCUGCUCUUCAUCACUUUUACUCAAAGCACUUGGAGUACCCUGACAAUGCUGCCCUUCUAGUUGUCUUUGCACAAGUUAACUGUAAUGGCUUCACAAUUGAAGAUGAAGAACUCUCUCAUUUGGGAUCAGCCAUAUUUCCUGACGUUGCAUUGAUGAACCAUAGCUGUUGCCCAAAUGUGAUUGUAACUUACAAGGGGACUUUGGCUGAAGUCAGAGCUGUUAAAGAGAUUGAGCCUGGAGAGGAGGUUUUUACCAGCUAUAUUGACCUGUUGUAUCCCACAGAAGACAGAAAUGACCGGUUAAGAGACUCAUAUUUCUUUAAUUGUGAUUGCAGGGAGUGCAUUACAAAAGAAAAGGAUAAAGAGAAACUGGAAAUUUGCAAGCUGAAUGAUCCUCCUUCAGCAGAGACGGUACAGGACAUGAUCAGAUAUGCCAGGAACGUGAUUGAGGAAUUCAGAAGAGCCAAACACUACAAAUCUCCUGGUGAAUUACUGGAGAUCUGUGAACUCAGCCUGGACAAGAUGGGCGCAGUGUUUGCAGACAGUAAUGUUUAUAUGUUACAUAUGAUGUACCAAGCCAUGGGUGUCUGUCUCUACAUGCAGGACUGGGAAGGUGCACUGCGUUAUGGGCAAAAAAUUAUCAGACCAUACAGUAAACAUUAUCCCUCCUACUCACUGAAUGUUUCCUCCAUGUGGCUGAAAUUAGGGAGACUGUAUAUGGCACUGGAGAACAGAACGGCUGGAGUUAAAGCCCUGAAGAGGGCAAUUGCUAUCAUGGAAGUAGCACACGGGAAGGAUCAUCCAUACAUUUCAGAGAUCAAAAAGGAAUUAGAGGGCCACUGAGCCUUUGAAUCUAUGCAAUCCUUCAAACCUUUAUUUAAAAAGCCCUGUUAUGGAAACCUUCAGGAGCGCUUUGAAAAACGGUAGAGUAUGAACACAGCUCUGUCCUAUAAUUGGAAUGACAAACACACUUAGGCCUUGCAAAAUGUUCCGAGCUUUCAACACAUCUACAACUGCCUUUUUUCUUUUUUUUUUUUUUUUUUUUGAGGAAGCAUUCAUGGUUUCUUAAAGGUUAUGCCUUCUGACAGCUCACAUGCAAAAGUGGCCAUUUUUUUCUUCAUGGGUUUUAAUGUGUAUCUUAUUUGUGUCAAGUAAAUAAAGUGUUCUUGACCCCUCUUGAUUGCACUUACACACUUACAUGGGUGCAGUAGUUCUGCCAAAUGUUUCAUUUAAUCUGACAAAUUAAGUAGCAAAAGCUGUACUUGUUGUUGUUGUUGUGGUUUAGUAUCCAAUUCCCCUUUUCACAAAUCAUUUUUGUUUGCAGUGACUUAGCUGAGAGAAGGGGUGACGAGGGUGAUGAAUUCUGCGCAUUGUGCAGGAAAGCCACCAUCAUUCCCUCGGGCAGUUAAUCUGCAGGCCCAGCGCUGCUCCGGGUAGGUGGGGAUCGGGGGAUUCAUCCCUGUACGGACCUAGAGCUCGGCAUGUUUCAUACAGAGAACACUGGCACCUACCUCAGAGCUGGAAGGCUUGCACUAGGCAUGAGUUGUGCAACGGCUGGCUUUUUAAUCCCCUUUAAAAAUUUAUUGCAGAACAGAGCUGUUAUUUCCUUAUAGCUGUACCUUUGACUCCAGUGGAUUAAAACUAUUCUAUUAAUACAUUAGCAAUUGCUUUUAAUAGAGGAACAGGAGCAUUUUCUGAGGAAAAAAAUUGAAGACAGCUUUUUCUGGCCAUAUGUAAGAGCAGAGGUUGGUUUUUUUUUCCUCCGUUUAGCUGAAUGACAGGAGAUUGCUUUUAAGGAUUGGGAAGAGGAGGGAGAGUGUGGCUGUGAUGCUGGAAGUACAAAGUUGGAAUAUGUUGCACAGUAAAACUCCAUGACCAUUCCUUACUGCUUUCACAGCUUAUGAAGUAUGAUGACAGAGAGAGAACGCAUUGCUAUUAAGAACUUCAUCUUAUUUUCUUUCCUGUAAGCGCUGCUCUGAAAAUAAAACUGGUGGAGAACAAGGGUUUGUCAGCUCAUUUUGCUGAAAGCUUUCAUUGCUCUCUAGCCAGCAAUUGUUGCUGGAGUACAUAGAACUGCACCAGAUCUUACGAUUCCGGAAGGCCGGGGCCACUUAGCUACAGCCAAGCCCAGGAAGAGAGUACCAGCCGACUACUUUUAUCCUAACAUCUAUCAUGUCAAGUAAACCCACAGCCAGAGAACUAGCACCUUCCCUUCAGGAAGCCUGGCCAGAGCCCAGAUUAUACUUUGGGACUGAAGAAUGGGAUCGGUUUACCACGAGCACCAGUAGGAGACUUGCCUGCAUGAAACUUGGAUGACAGGUUACAGAAGGUUCUUCAGCGCUCACUGUGGCCCCGGCUGUGCCUGUCAGUUUAACAUGGGAAAGUAAUACAAGCACAGUAGGUGUAAAUGCAAAACCUUAAGCUGG